UUUUUUUUGUGUUGUGAGAUAUUCUGAUAGAUAGAGAGCGCGGCAUAAUCUAGGGCCACCUUUGUUCUCUGUGUCUGUGCAUCAACCACAACCAGAAGCCGCCAUGGCCACUGCAAGGACUGUGAAGGACGUUUCUCCCCACGAGUUCGUCAAGGCGUACUCUUCUCAUCUUAAGCGAUCUGGCAAGAUGGAGCUGCCUGAGUGGACUGAUAUUGUCAAAACAGCAAGAUUUAAGGAGUUGGCUCCCUAUGAUCCUGACUGGUACUAUGUUAGAGCUGCUUCCAUGGCAAGAAAGAUCUACUUGAGAGGAGGACUUGGUGUUGGUGCAUUUCAGAGGAUUUAUGGCGGGAGCAAGAGGAACGGUAGCCGUCCUCCUCAUUUCUGCAAGAGCAGUGGUGCCAUUGCCCGUCACAUUCUUCAGCAGUUGCAAACCAUGAACAUAAUCGAACUUGACACCAAGGGUGGCAGGAGAAUCACUUCCAGUGGCAGGCGGGAUCUUGAUCAAGUUGCUGGACGUAUUGUGGUUGCACCUUGAUCUGUAAACUGCCAUUGAGAGCUAGUCUGCUUCCAUAAGCACUAUUAAGAUUUUGGGUUUUUGUUAGAGAGAUGUGAUGAUAACAGAUUAUGCGCAAAUUUUGAUUUUAGACUGAGUGUCUUUCUAUUUAUUGGACGUGCUUAAUGUUUACGAUGUUCUUGCUUUCAGUCUUUUAUUAGAUCACAUCGUCAC